CUGACUGAGGUGAACCUUAUCAAAGUGCAUCAUAAACAUUAUCUUUCGAAGUGUAUGUUUGGGAGCAGUUAUAAGCGUGAGCCAGACUGAACAAUAAGGGCAAGAGGUCAUCGCAAACAGUGAAGAAACGUAAAAAAUGAGGGACUAUGAUGAUAUCACCGCUUUUCUAGGAACAUGGGGUCCAUUCCAGCUGACCGUUUUCUUAGCAUUAGCUAUAAGUAUCCUUCCAAAUGGUUUUGUAGGCCUCUACGUCGUUUUCGUGGGAGACACGCCAUCUCACGAGUGUCUGAUUCCUGAGGUGUUCAACAUUAGUGACAAGUGGAGAGAAGCCGCAAUCCCAAUGGUGAUGCAAGACGGUGUUUUAAAACGCAGCUCCUGCUCAAGAUACAAAAUGGAAACAGUGAGAAAUUUUUCUGCACUUAAUUAUGCCCCAAAUGUGGAUGUCAAUGUCAGUGAGAUAGAGGUCGAGUCUUGUGUGGAUGGCUGGAUCUACAGUAAAGAGAUUUACGAGUCUACGAUAGUGACAGAGUGGGAUUUGAUAUGUGAAAAUGAGUAUAAAGGGCCACUGACCUCAUCAAUAUAUUUUUUUGGCGUGUUGGUGGGGACCUUCCUUUCAGGACAGAUGUCUGACAGGUAUGGCAGAAGGCCUGUACUUUUUGCCAUGAUGGCUAUGCAGACAGUAACUAUCCUUAUCCAGAUGUUUUCUCCAAGCUGGGAAAUCUUCACUGCCAUCUACUUCUUUAUUGGAUUUAGUGGUUUUUCUAAUUAUGUUGUAGCAUAUGUCCUAGGCUGUGAAAUUCUCAGUCCAGCGAGUCGGGUGGUGUUUGGUUCUCUGGGUAUCUUCAUGGGGUCUGGAAUCGGACAGAUGUUCUUACCAUUAGCAGCUUAUUUCAUCCGCAGCUGGAGAUGGCUGGUGCUUAUAAAUGCUCUCACUGGACUCCUAUAUGUGCCAUUGUGGUGGUUUAUUCCAGAGUCUCCUAGAUGGCUGCUCUCUCAGGGAAGAAUAGCAGAAGCUGAAGCCAUUUUGAGACACGCAGCUGAAAAGAACAAGGUCAAAGCACCUGAAGUCAUUUUCACUUCCUCUGAGAUUGAGGAAGCAGCAAAGAUGAGGGAGAAAAAACAUAAUAUUCUGGAUAUUUUAAGGAACUAUAAUGCUGUUUUAACCAUCAUGAUAUGUUCACUUCUGUGGAUGGUCAUCACCAUGUCUUACUAUGCUCUCAUUCUGAACACCACAAACCUUCAUGGCAACCCGUACCUGAAUUAUUUCCUGUCUGCAGUGGUGGAGGUCCCAGCUUUUAUUAUAGCCACGUUGUUGCUCAGAUACUGCAGUAGGAGAUUCUGUCAGUCUUCCACUCUUCUUACAGGUGGAGCUAUGAUUUUCAUCAUACAGCUCAUUCCUAAAGACCUGACGGAGUUGGCAACCGCACUGGAAAUGCUGGGAAAACUUGGUGUCACAGCUGCGUUUUGUGUAGUGUACGCAGUGACUUCAGAGCUCUUUCCUACUGUGGUGAGAAACAUGGCCAUGGGAACAUGCUCCAUGACAGCUCGCAUAGGCAGUAUAGUUUCUCCCUUCAUCAUAUACUUGGGUAACUACUAUAAAUAUAUUCCUUAUAUUGUCAUUGGGAGCCUGGCUGUGUUUUCUGGCUUAAUUACGUUACUGUUGCCAGAAACUAAAAGAAAAGUUCUCCCCGAGACCAUUGCUCAGAUGCAGCGAAUAAAGGGACUGAGGAGCUCUAAAAAACAGGAUGCAAUGAUGUGGACAGCAGACAAAAGUAAAGUCUUCAAAGAAGUGAAACUUUAACAACUGGACAGUGAAAUAAAAUAAUGUUGUCCUGUUAAUCAAAUGAAUGACCCUAACCCUAAAUGACUUACACUGUUGAAUUGACAUCACAACAUAAAUUUGGCUUAGUUUUCUGCCUUUUAUUCAUUCAAAUCCUCCUUAUGAAGAGUUUUACUGCCUUUGAUUUAUUAUUAUGUUGGCCAUGAUGGCAUCUCAAGCUAUAUUGUAGGUCAGCUUGUUUUUCCCAUGUGUUUUACUGUAUUUAUCAGGAACAAAAUGCAUUUUAAUAACAUAGAUGGGUUUGUAAAUAACUCCUGAAAUGGACUCUGUCCUCUAGAGCACAAUCUUCAGUACGUUUACCCAUCUUAUCAAAUACGAAUUGUGACCUUGCAGGUACCUUUUGUGUUUUGCUUUGCUGCCUCUUUCUCCUCAGCUGCUCUAUGUCUGUACCAUAGAAUGAAAUAAAAUGUGAUCUGCCCAGGGAAGAUGUCUUAACCUGGUAGAACUGCUGCAAAUAAUGGGCCUCAAUCAUGAAACUUUCGUAAAUAUAUGAGUACAUUCUGAGCAACUGCACAAAUGCGUGUAAAACAGACCUUCCUGAAAACUCCCCUCCAAACAAACGCUUCAUAAACGUCCUAUUUGAUUGUUAAAUGUGUAUGUUAAUGAAUUCCAAUCAUUUGUAAAUGGAGCACUCGUGCACACUCAUUCAAAAUUAGCAUAAUCCCCACCUAUUAAUUACAGCUACGCAAAUUGCGUGUCCAGGAACGCAGUGGAAUAUUCUGGUCUGUUUUCUCAGUUUUGGCUCCACUAUAUUGCAUAAAUACAAAAAAGACUAAUAGGCCAUAUGACUAACAAUAAAUAUUCAAUAAAGUUUGUCCACCAAAAAGUUUUUAGCCAGCUGAAAAAAUGUCGGGUGCUCUUCUUAAAACGACCAGCUGUUGCCGCUUGAGAACGUUUGAUGGCACAGCAUUUUUCCACCUGAGAUGCCUUAGUUGCUAUGAUUUUGAAUAUCCAUGGCAACAACAUAUUACUAUUAUCUAUUUUUUAAGAAUUUUAUUAAAUAUAAAAAAGCAGUAACCAGACUUCUUCAUUGUUGAAGGCAGUCGUUGUACAAGUAGGAUGGUUGGGUGGUAUUUGACCCGCCUGUCCUCUAUUUAUGGUUGGGAAAAUAGUGACAGUGACGAGCGCUUUUACAGUUAUCAAAUCAGCUACAAAAAUAAAUAAAUAAAUAAAUAAAUAAAAUAAAAGAGGGCAAGGGCAAAUUAAUUUGUAAUUAUUAUGCAGUGCAUCAAAAUUCAGUGUCAUUUACAUGUGGUAGGGAACAUGUGUAUAUUCUUUCAUAACAACUAACAUUUUGAGAAUACAAACAUUUUCAUGAAUUCGAAAGUUUAUGUCAGAACGGCUUUACAAGUGAUUUACACAAAAAUUCGGUCUACUUGUGUUUCAUGAAUGAGGCCCAGUAAGUUAAUCAUACUUCAAACCUUAUAUACAUCUAUGUAUUUAUAGUAUGUUAAUAAGCUUAAGUUCUCUGUGAGCUGUUUACUUUCUUUAGGGCUUUUGUGUUUAUCAUUAUUUUUGUUUAUGUAAGGUACAAAAAAAUCUUACCCAGGAUUUGUACAGAUGUUUUGGUUCAAAAUAGAUAGUACCAUUAUUGAACAAGUAAAUAAAAUUACCCUACUGUCACCUCUC